AUGAAGGUAGCGGUGGUAGGGUCAGGCGUAUCCGGGCUUGCCGCGACUUGGCUUCUCAAUGAGUACAGUGACCACGAAGUUCACCUCUUCGAAGCAGAUGGUAGACCUGGAGGUCAUGCGAAUACGGUUCGAUUCGUCCAACUGGGCAAGGAGCCGACAACUGUAGACACGUACAUUGUCUUCAAUCCAAGCACCUACCCCAACUUCCUGCGUUUUUUGAAGAUGUUUACCAGCGUCGAGAUCCUGCCUACGGAGAUGACCUUCGCUGUGUCUCGGGAUGGAGGCGCAUUUGAAUGGGCUGGAGGCAAUCUCGCGACGGUGUUCUGUCAGCCAUCGAGACUGCUGGAUCCAAACAUGUGGCGGCUCAUCUACGAUGUUUUGAGAUUCAACGCAUGCGCUCGGAGACUCGUUAUUGGGAGCGAAGACAAGCAUAUAACUGAUGAUCUCUCUAUUGGGGAAUAUUUAGAAUCUAAAGGAUAUUCGGCUGUGUUCCGCGACAAUUAUCUCAUACCCAUGACAGCUGCGAUAUGGAGUACACCCCCAGAUAAAUGUGCCAUGGACUUCCCGGCAAGGACACUGGUGCAAUUUAUGUACAACCAUCACCUGCUUCAACUUACCGGCAAACCUUCCUGGCUGACGAUAAAAGGAGGGAGUCACGCCUACGUCAAGACGAUCCUCGAGAAGUUGCCGCGGCAAUCACUACAUCUUGGAACGAAAGUAGAGGCUGUAGAAAGAGGAAACGGGGCUGAUCCUACUGCCAAAUUGCACUUGAGAACCAGUGGCGGACAGCUGCAUGAAUUCGACCAUGUCAUCAUGGCAUGCCAUUCUGACACGGCACUUGACAUCCUACAUGCCGGUACAGGUCCCACAGAGGAUGAGCAGAAGCUACUUGGACGAUUCCGAUGGAGCAGAAACGAGGCUGUCCUUCACUCCGAUAUAAACUUGAUGCCUAAGAAGCGGCUUGCCUGGUCAUGCUGGAAUGUCCUAUCCUCGAGCUCUCAGCAUGCGAUCGGGAACACAAGUUUGAACGAGAAUCAAAUAUCAUUGACUUGUAAACAAUCUCGGCGUAUAUUAUUCAUAUCUAUUGAUUAUUGGAUGAACGAGCUGCAGCAUCUAUCCGAGGCAAAGCACGGUCCUGUGCUGGUUACGCUGAAUCCCCCGAGAGAACCGGCAGCCGCUAAGACCGUUGGAAGGUACCCAUACGACCAUCCUGUCUUGGAUGCUGAGGCUUUGAAAUCUCAGAAGGAGAUGAACAUGAUUCAAGGGAAGCGCGGUAUAUCCUUUGCUGGAGCCUGGACGAGAUAUGGCUUCCAUGAAGACGGCUUUACGUCCGGCCUCCGCGCAGCCGUGGAUAAUUUAGAUGUCAAGCCACCAUUCAACAUCGAGGACCCUGACCGGGCGCCCCUGUCUACUAGGGCGGCGGUCGUAUUCGAUCUCAUAGAACAAACCGGACUCAGAGUUCUCGUCGGCUUCCUCCUGUCCUCAUUCCUCAGCAUCUGCCGGUUCGUAGUCGGCUUUUUGGUGGACCUGAGCCAUAUAGACAGCGCAUCUAAGGUCAAGUCAGAGUGA